AUACAAAAUAUACACACGAGAUAGAGAUAUUGAGAGAGAGAGAGAGAGAGAGAGAGAGAUGGAAGUUGUAGAAGUGUUUCACAUGAACGAAGGAAAUGGAGACACCAGUUAUGCUAACAACUCCGUGGGUCAGAAAAAUGUGAUACUUCGUACAAAGCCCACAACAGAAGAAGCCAUAACAGAUCUGUAUAACAGUCUUUGCCCAGAAACCAUAUCCAUUGCAGACUUGGGAUGUUCCUCCGGACCAAACACUUUUCUGGUAGUGUUCGACAUCAUCAGAGCGGUUGAAAAACUGCGAAAAAUCACCGGAACCCACUCGCCGGAAUAUGUCGUCCACUUGAGCGACCUUCCCAGCAAUGAUUUCAACUCCAUUUUCCGGUCACUGCCCCGAUAUGUAGAGGAUUUCAAGAAAGAGAUGGGAGAUGGGUUUGGGGAUUGCUUCUUCGCAGGAGUGGGUGGUUCAUUUUAUGGAAGGCUUUUCCCCUCUAAAACUCUCCAUUUUGUUCAUUCCUCAAACAGUCUCCAUUGGCUUUCUCAGAUACCAAAGGGAUUGGAGGAGAACAAAGGUAAUAUUCGUAUCGCAACUUCAAGCCCACCUAGUGUGAUAAAGGCAUAUUACGAGCAAUUUGAAAGAGAUUUUUUAACCUUUCUCAAGGCUCGCUCAGAAGAAUUAGUGACGGGUGGACGAAUGGUAUUAUAUUUUUCGGGAAGAAAGAGUGAAAUCCAUAAUCCCAUUCAUGAUGUUCUUAACAUUUGGACACUUUUAGCCAAAUGCCUCAAAGAUCUAGUUACAAAGGGAUUAGUAGAAGAGGAGAAACUAAACUCCUUCAAUAUUCCCAUCUACGCAGCAUCUCUAAAAGAAGUGAAAAUGGUUGUUGAAAAGGAGGGCUCAUUCUCAAUUAAUGUUUUGGAGGGUUUCACAUAUGAUUUUAGUGAAUCUGUGAAGGAUGGAAAGGCAAUUACCAACUCAGUGAGAGCCCUGGUUGAGUCCUUGGUUGUUAACCAUUUUGGACGAGGAGUUAUUGACCAAGUUUUUAAUAAGUAUGAAGAAAUGAUCGGCGAAUGCAUGGCCGAAUUUGUGAAGGAGGAGUUCAUCAAUAUUGUCUCCCUCACUAAAAUUUAAAAGGAAUUACUUAUUCAAAGUUGUGCACCCGAUCCAUUCCAUAUAUAUACUAGUACUGAAAAUAAGGACCGGUGCUAAAUUAAUUUUUCUAUGAUUCAUGUGAAAAGGAAAAUAAAAAUACACAUAUUUCCAACUUCAUUU